AUGUCGGAACCAAAAGGAUUAGCCGAAGAAAUGGCUACUUCAGCCUUCGAAUACGAUCCUCACAAUUUCUGGCAUGUUUAUAAAACCCUCAGAAAUAUCGAAAUUCAAGAGCCGAACGAGGUCAUUUUCGACAGAUUUACGAAGGACAGACAAGUCUCAUUCUCUUGUAACUUUGAAGAAUACUGUUCAGAGUGGAAGACAAAAACCUCAAUCAGCUCCUCUUUUGAAGAGAAAAUUUCACCGGGAAAACGUGAAAAUUUCUAUGUCACAAGUGGACUCGCUCGAAACAGUGCUUUUUUCAACCCAACUGUUGAUAACCUUGGUUGGAAGACUUACGAGGACAGCUUAAUCGCCCGUGAUACAGAGGACUGGCGGUAUUUUCAAAUUCAAUUUGAUACAGAACAAAGCGAAGACUGGAAGGGAAUGUCGAUUUUAUUUCAAAAUGUGAGAGGAGAGAAUUUCCUGUCAAACAUAGCGCUAGAUGACAUCCAGCUGAAUCCCAAAGACUGUCAAAUUCUUCCUGAACCCUUUCCACUUCCACCUGACCUGCCCGCUCCUCCGGCCAAAGUUGAUCCGACAAUCCCAAGCAAAAUGUUCUUCGAAGACUGGAAACUCUUUCCGCCUGAAAAACGACUCCAAUCUCAACUUGAAUACGACGAAUCGUUAAAAACUGGCCAAAAAAUAUCCAUCCGAUUUUCUCAAUGCGGAGAAAUCCUCCCUCGAUCUCAGCUGGAGCGCUGCUGCCCCGUUACCCAGAUUCGUUACAAUCCAUCAAUCCAUUUUUGCUGUGGUGGGCGGCUGGUAGACAAAGAGCUCAAAGAAAGAGGCUAUCAAUGCUGUGACAAUCAGAUCUUCGAGCCAGGAAAGAAAUCGGGUGUGCUGAGUGGACAACAUUGCUGUGGAUCUGGAGCUGGUCAAAAGCUUUUGUCAAAGGAGCAAGGUUGCUGCAAAAAUAGAGCCGGAGCCAAAGGAUACGAUCCUACAAACGAGUUCUGUUGUGCGGGGAAAGUCUAUCACUCGAAAGUCCAUGAGUGCGUGAAACCCUACAAUAAAAAAGAGUUCGCCAAGAGGAUCUUUGGUGGUGAUCGCGCUCCUGGAACCUCCCCAGGAGAAGAUAGAUGGAUGACGCUACACGAUUUCAUCGAAAAUGAAGAUAAGGUAAAGAAAAGCUAUAAUUACGAAGAACUCGAUGAAGUGAUAAGACCUGACUGGAGAAGCUUUUAUAAUUUAUAUCACUGA